AUGGCUCCCUGACUAUUGGGAAGUUCAAAGGACCUUUACAGUAUACAGCAUGGAGAGAUAUGUUAAGCUACGUUAACCCCACCUCGCUGACUUUGGACCCAGUCACAGCAAAUCCUCGCCUCGUCUUGUCUGCAGACCGAACUAGUGCAAGAUUGGCGAAAAGGCAGCAUGUUUUCCCUCACAAUACGAAGAGAUUUGAUCUAGAGCUCUUUGUCCUGGGAUCGGAGGGAUUCACAUCAGGGAGACAAUACUGGGAGGUGGAGACAGGAAAUAAGACUUUGUGCAUUGUCGGAGUGGCCCAAGAGUCUGUCAAGAGAAAAGGGAACGUUAACCUGAAACCUGAGUCUGGAUAUUGGGUUUUGUGGCUCUUCCCCGAAAGCGAUUCUGCUUCCUUCAGAUCAUCCUCGAGGGCAAUCCACACUCAGAUGGAGAAGCAACGGAAGAUUGGAGUUUUCUUGGACUAUGAGGGUGGACAGGUGUCAUUUUACAAUGCAGGCACCAUGUCCCACCUCCACACUUUCACCCACACUUUCACUGAGAGGGUCUUUCCCUUCUUCAGUCUUCAACCCAAUGACAGACAGAAGAAUAAAGCAAUGCUAAAAAUCUGCGGGAUUAGUGGUCAUCUGGAAGAACAUCCCAUAAUUUCUGCCUCCUGCCCACUGUAAACUGAUGGGGAUUGGUCUCAGUCAUGGGUUAAUAGUCUAGGAAUAGACCCUAUAUCGGAACUGGGAACUUAAAGAUCCACAAGGAACUCUAUAGGGCAUGAUGAAAGAAGGAGUUGGAGAGGGGGGAGAAAAGCAAAUAGAAGCUCAAUUGUGGAAAGAGACUUACCGGGUAUAAUGAGCUCUGAGCCGCAGGAACCCGGUAACCUUCCUGCCUGUAAUGUUGCUCCACAGACGGGAGGUGGCGCUCUAUGACGGUGUUGUAGAUGAAUCUGUCAGUGGUUCUCAGACUGGGCUCAGUGGAGUC